AUGAGGCACUGGAUAAGCCGACUGGCGCUUGCUAGCCUCCUCGGCGCAGCCAGCGUCGAGAGCAAGCACAAGGUCGAAGACUUCGAUUGGGAAACCAUCACGCCGGCAAGAAAACUAGAAUAUCAUUCCUGCUAUGACGAAUACAAAUGCGCCCGUCUCAUUGUUCCCCUCGACUGGCUGGAUGAGAGCAAUCCAUACACCGUUGCGCUGGCCAUUAUCAAGCUCCCUGCCAAGGUCCCUGACAAUGAUCCGGCCUUCGGCGGCACCAUUUUCACAAACCCUGGCGGACCCGGAGGCUCCGGCGUAAUGCAGCUGCUUUCCGAGGCCCACAUCUUCCAAGAAACAGCCGACACCGACAGCAGAAAGUAUGAAAUCUUUAGCUGGGACCCCCGAGGAGUACAGCUCACUUCGCCAGCGGCAGAUUGCUACGCGGACCAGCUCGCAAGGGACACCGAUACCAUCCAGCGCGCGGCCAUUGGGCCGACUAUUUCGAGCCCUGAUGCGCUGAGGAGGCAUUGGGCGAGGGUCCAUGGGUACGGGAAGAUCUGUGCACAGAGCGCUGUGAACGGCUCCACCAUCCCGUAUGCUACGACAGCAUCUGUCGUGCGCGACAUGGUUCAUAUGCUGGACAAGAUUCAGGAGCUGCGAGAUGAGGAGGCUGCCGACCGAGUUGUUGUGGAUCAAGGAGCGCAGCAGCCGUUGCAACGCCGUGGUGAAAAGGACGCACUGCGCUUGCAGUACUGGGGGCUUUCUUAUGGUACUUUUCUCGGCAAUACCUUUGCUUCAAUGUUCCCCGGACGUGUUGGUAGGAUCAUUGUUGACGGUGUUGUCGACGCCGAUGACUAUGUGGCAGGUGGCUGGAGAACGAACCUGCAAGAUACGGAAGAGCUCGUUGCUGCAUUCUACAAGACGUGCUUCACUUCGGGAUCCAAAUGCGCUCUUAACCGCCCCUCAGAUAAGAAAUGGGAAGACGUCCGCUCGCGUGUUCUCGAUCUUAUCGCCCAUUUAGACAAUGAUCCCUUCUUUGAAGUCGACGGCAAGUCGACUCACAUUCUUACCGGCUACGACGUCGUCAACGCCUUCACGAGGCCGAUGUACGAUCCCUAUGAGAGCUUCGUCCCUCUUGCCAAGAAGCUCAAUGAGGCGGUCGAGGGGAACUACACUGCCCUUCUCAACACCGUGAAAACCCAAUUCCCCCGUCUAGACGAAACAUGCUUGACGCCUAACACGUCGACACCCUCUACAGUUCGGGGAGGUGAAGCUGCUCAGAGCGUUGUGUGCGGCGACGCCGAGGAUGCACGAAAUCUCACACUGGCAGAUUACCAGGAAUACGUCUCGGAGCUCGUGGAGCAGUCUCCUACCUUUGCUGGGUACUGGUCGCAAAUCCGGUUCGCGUGCACAGCAUGGGAUGUCAGACCAAAGUUUCGUUUUACUGGCCCGUUCACAACACCGGAGCAUGACCCGGCCGUGGUGGAGGGAAAGCCGGCCGCGCCAUUGCUGUUCUUAACCUCGAGGCUUGACCCUGUGACCCCUGUGCGAAACGCAUACAGGAUGAGCGAGAGACACCCUGGUUCGACGGUGGUGAUCCAGGAGUCCCUUGGCCACUGCUCUAUAUCUGCGGGAAGUAAGUGUAUGAAGGAAGUUAUCCAAAAGUACAUGGAACAUGGAAUUGUGCCCAAGGAUGGGACGACGUGCGAGGCCGACUGUGACCCAUGGGAUGGGGAAACUUGCUUGCCUUCAACUAAGGGCAUCAGUGUAGCAGGACUGAGCCCUCAAGAUAUGUUGUUUUGA